AUGCCCAGCCUACUCAUUCUCUUCUUCAUGAUCUUCUUUCUCUUGGAGUCUAUGGCAGGAAUCAUAGAAAAUGGUUUCAUCAUCAUAGUACUGGGCAGGGAGUGGGUGCAAUAUUGGAGCCUGCCCCCUGGGGACAUGAUCUUGGCCAGCCUGGGUAUCUCCCGGUUCUUUCUACAGUGGACAGCAGUUCUUAGCAACUUCUACACAUAUUUCUUCUCAAUUAAUGGCACUAUAUACACUAGCAUUUUUUGGAAUUUUACUAAUGCGACCACAUUCUGGUUCACCACCUGGCUUGCUGUUUUCUACUGUGUGAAGAUUUCUUCCUUCACUCACCCCAUCUUCCUCUGGCUGAAGUGGAGAAUUUCCCGAUUUGUCCCCUGGCUACUGUUGUGGUCCCUACUGAUAUCCACAUCGAUAUUGAUCCCGUCUUUGGUAAAGACCUAUCUUGUUUUCCAACUGCCAGUUGGUGGGAAUUACUCAGGAAAGAUCACUUUGGAUGAUAGGGCACUUGCAUUCCAUAUGAAAUUUUUCCUACCAUUGCAAAUGUUUAUUUUGUUAAUUCCUUUUUUCUUCUUCCUUGCCUCCACCAUCUUGCUCAUUUCCUCCCUGUGCCGACACUUGAGAAACAUGCAGCACCAUAGUGCUGGUCCUUGGGAUUCGAGUAUGCAGGUCCACAUCACAACCCUGAAGUCACUCUUCUUCUUUCUCAUUGUCUGUAUGUCAUAUGUUAUGCCUGUUAUCUUCCACAUUACUGUACCUUUUUCGGUUUGCAGCUCUCAGUAUUGGAUCUGGGAGGUAGUGACCUAUGCUGGCAUCUCCAUCCAUCCUGCCUUCCUGAUCCUGAACAGCUCAAAACUGAGAAUGGCUCUGAAGAAGAUGCUGCAUUAUCAUGAGGCUGCAUGA